AUGGCUGAUCCUCGAUUUGCUUAUACGUCAGUAAUGGAGAAAGACUUGGAAAUGUUCAACAAGUAUAAGAAUUCUAUUGAUAGCGAAGUUCGAAAAAAGCAUCCAUCAAUUCCGGCUAAUUUUGAGCUGAAACCAGUGCGUGUUCGUCACAUUCCAGCCUGUGGCACGAUUCAUGAUUUCAAAAUCGCUUUACCCGAUAACAAAUUUCUUAAAAUUUCUUUUCUGACAGGGGGUGAUUAUAUGCCACCGCCUGACCGUACGCCAGAUUGGAAACCACCAGAGCCUCAUAUCAACGUUGACGAUACAUUAACAUCAACACCUGAUGAAUAA